AUGACCAGCAACAAUAAGGUUCUCUUUUCAGUGGCAAAGAAAGGAUUAGGAAGAAGGUACUGGUCGGAAAAGAUCCUAUCAGAGGAACACCAAUUGGACAUGAGACCCAAAAGCACUAAGUCCACUUACAAGCCGUCCUCACCGGGCUUUCCUUCUCCUCCCUGUACCCCCAGGGAUGAGGUGAGGGAGAGGAAGGGUGAGCCGAGAGACUCGGGCCCCCGAGUUUGUUCCUCCUCCUCCUCCUCCUUCCUUGGAUCCUGCCGCUCGGGCCCCGCACCGCAGCCUGGGGCUCUCUGCUUGCUCCGGCCCAGAGGCCGCACUGAGGCCCCGGCCUCUCUUAGGGGCCUGCGGGCCACACGCAGACCCACACAUGCCGGCCACAAAGGCGGCGGCGACGGGCCUCGCUGGUCGCCUCCAAGGGAGUCCGGGAGGGAGGGGGAGAAACCCAAACAAACAGCGGAAACGCCGCCCGCACCAGGCCGCACUCGGCCGGGCGGCCGCCGCCGCCCCGGUUCCCCGGGACAGGGCCAGAACCCCGUGAAGGAGCUCCGCCGUUCCCGAGCUCCCUUGAUCCUACGGACAGGCGCCCCGACUUCCAGCCCCUCCAUCCUUCCUCGGGGCGAGCGUCCCAGCAGUCACGGGAGGGAACUCCUCUCCCACCCCCGGCUCCUCGAGGAGAGGGAGGACACUUACCCUGCAGCGGGGCCCGGCUCCGGCGCCCGGCUCCCUCCGCCGCCGCCGCCGCCGCCGCCGCCGCCACCGCCUCCUCCUGCUCCGGCUCCGCGCCCCGGCGCUGGCGCUGCCGCCGCCACCGCUCUCCUCCCUCUUCUCCACUCCUCCUUUUUCUCCUCCUCCUUCCCAACUCCUCCUCCUCUUCCCCGUCCUCGUCCUCGUCCUCCGGUCCCAAGGGGCGCUGGGGGCACGCAGGCAGGCAGCCCACAGCCGCCUCCCAGCGGCUCAGCCCGGGGCGCGGAGGCACCCACGGUGGAGCGCGAGCACUCACGGGCACGCGGCCCGGGAACAAGGAAGAGGACAGUCCCGGCCAAGGAAAGGAGGGGCGCCCGCAACUCUGCCCGGCUGCUGGGAAAGAAGUGAGGGACACUCACCGCCAAACCCAGACAAGAGCUGCAAGCACACCAAAAAGCCAAGAAGCCCAGCAUGCUGCCAUGAGUCACACCACUGUUGAACCCAAGGUCUCCACCAGAGAAUGAUCCAGAGCUCAAUGCCUCAG